GCGGUGCAUUGUGGUCCGGAGGUCCAUGUUUGCCUGUCCUCUUGUUUGCUAGCUCCUUCCAUCAUGCUAACCUGUAGGAAGUGUGUUUUUGGACCGCAGCCGAGACGUGUGUGUUUGAUUCAGCACAACGUGUAGUUAGAGGACGCUGAGUGCUUCAUGUUACGUGUGUUUUCGCUUACUGUCGCCAUUAAUCCCGAUAGUUAGUAAGACCAAAACAUUAGCAGCUAGGAUAAUUAGCAUAACAAGGAGAACUGUCAGACUUUUGAAAACAUUGUGGAUGAAGUUAGAAAACAGAGUGACAUCAGCCGACCUGAAGAGUCUACUAUAACAGAAGCUUGCUAAAAAGUUACUUUAACUUCUGUAAGACAUUUCUCUCUGCAACGAACAACUCUAAGGCACUUUUAGGCACUUCAACCUUGUUUAUGCCCCAUCUGCUUCUCCUCCUUUCCCCGCGUAUGGAGGCUAAAGCUCGCCUCCCUUUCCUCCUCCUCCAUCCUCUACUGCUGUGUUUUUCAUGAUCUCAGAUCUGUGCUGCUCAUCAGAUCUUUACAGCUAGCAUGGCAGCCUGUGUGAAGGCUGUGUUUUGUGCUGGUGUGGAGCUCAAACUGCAGAGGCUGCUCCAUGUGGACUGCACAAGGACACCAUUUGUUGGCAGCUUUCACCCAAAACGACUUUUCAGCUCAGUUGGUGUUUUUCCCUCAAGACUCGGUGGGACUCGAACCCUCAUCCUUUGUAAGACACGCACAGGGCUUUACCCACUGACGUACACUCUGCCACGUGGAAAUAGAAAACUGGGAUUGUCCAGCUGGAGCUGCGGUGAUGUUGGUUUAAAGUCACUUCGAGGUCAAACGUUUCCUGCGUCCAUGUGUCAACCUAGAAGAUUUCAGCGUCCUCCGGUGGGAAAAGAGAACCUGCUGCAAGGACGUGCACCAUGGCCUGUGUCCUUCAUCCGCCACGGAGUGACAGACGCCCCUAUUUCCAGCGUGCCCCCAUGUUUUGUUGUGAUGAAAUUCGACCCUGAGGGAAAUGUGACCACGUUUGAAAAGAAGAAGACGGAGCUUUACCAGGAGCUAAGUCUUCAGGCCAGAGACCUGCGCUUCCAGCACAGUACCAGCAUCACUACUAGAAACAACUGUAUUAUCAUACGAAUGGCGGCUCUGAAAGCCAUCUUGACCCCAGACUCUCUUCUGGUGUUGGAUUUUCGUGGAGUGGGACUUGAGCGCUGGCUGGUGCUGGAGCUCGCCCCUCAGCUGGCGUUGCAGACUCACUCCCUGCCCUUCGAGUUCAGAGCGCUGGAGGUCAUCCUGCAGCACAAGGUAAACACUCUACAAUCCCGGCUGAAUGAUGUGGAGCCAGCGAUUUUGGACACACUGGAAUCUCUCGUAGACCCUAAAAUCCUUUCUGCUGACAGAAGUCAACUGCACAUACUGCUGCAGAACAGCAAGAGCUUAUCAGAGUUGGAGACAGAGAUAAAGGUUUUUAAAGAGUCCUUGCUGAAGAUCCUGGAUGAGGAUGAGAUCAUAGAGGAGCUCUGUCUCACAAAGUGGACGGACCCAAGAGUUUUUGAAGAAAGUAAUUUGGGUAUUGACCACGCUGAGGAGAUGGAACUGUUACUGGAGAAUUACUACUUGCAGGCCGAGGAGCUGGGGAACAAAGCCAGAGAGCUGAAAGGACUGAUAGACGACUCUGAGAGUGUCAUCUUUAUCAAUCUGGACAGCCACCGUAACGUGAUGAUGCGCCUCAACCUGCAGCUGACGAUGGGUUCCUUCUCCCUGACCCUGUUCGGUCUGAUAGGGGUGGCCUUUGGGAUGAACUUGACGACAGCUUUUGAAGAUGACCCUCGUGCCUUCUGGCUGGUUACAGGCCUCAUGUUCAUAGGCAGCGGAGUGAUCUGGAGACGACUGCUGUCAUUUCUCGGACGACAUCUAGAGCCUUCAAUUCCUCGAUCAAUCCCACCAGUAUGGAAGAGAAAUCUGAAAGUGUCAGACGUCAAGCAUGGAGUCAGAUGAAGCUCUACCUCCGCUCUGUAGAGUGACGACGACGUCUCACCACACUGGUCCUCUGGAGCUCGCUGCACAGGCUGGAGGUUUAUACAGCGUCCACACGUGUGGAGGCUGCGCCGUCUUACGUGUGAUUCUGUUUCCCAAUCAGUGUGCGUUUUUGCUCUUUGUUUGUGUCCAUGGAUGAACCUGUGUGCACAUAGUGUUUCUCCGUCAGGGCUGGCGUCAGAGCAGUGGAUGGCUGCGGUGGAACAGAUCAAAUAGAAACAAAAUAAUAUAAUAACCAUCUUACCUUGUAGUUGUUCUUUCUUCCAUGUGUUAAACAUGUCAUUCUAUUAUUUAAACUACGGUGAGAUUUAGAAAUGCAUGUUUAUUGUCAAAGUUUAUAAUUUCCUGUGUGCUUACUGUGUCUAGAAGAAUUCACCUCUUGUAGGUCACUGUAACAACAGCUAGACAAUAAAGACUUUUAUAAAUCCCCAAAACAGUUGUUGUUCUGGAGAUGAGGCAGAUUGUUACCGAUUGUUAUGGAAAUCUUACUUUCACCUAUUGGUAUUUUCAGUGUUAAAAGUGAGCCUCCUUGAAAACAUUCUGGGAAAUUUUAACCCUAAACAAACUAAAGAAUCUAUCAGAAAUCUCACGUUUACUGCAGCAGUAAUCGUCACUGUUAUUAAAGGGCUGAAAGUGAUGAGGACAGUGAAGUGAAUAAUAAUUAUAUAAAAUUAUUAUGUGUAUUUUUGAAUAUUUAUUUCUGUGACAUUGGGUUAUUCUGUGUGUAUAAUAAGAUUGUUCUUUUUUUGAGUUGGACAAAGCCAGUAGACAUGCAAUAAAUGAUUAGCUUCAUUAGGAGGAAUCACAGGGAAAAGUUAGAAACAACUGCCUUAACAUACUGUGUAUAUUUGUUUUAGUAUGUUUAAUACGUAUAAAAAACAAUCACCAUCA